AUCACCUUGAUCUGAGAGUUCAAACCGUGGGGCAGCCCAGCCUGAAAGGCUGUCCUGUGCAUGAAUCACUGGCCGCUGCCUUCAAGGACACUACCCAGAGCAUUAUCUGGAAUAUUGGAGCUGUAUUGAACAGGUAUCUUUCAUCACAUAAUAUCCAGAAUGGAACAUGGACAAAGCUGGGAUGAAGAUGUGGAAGCUGAUUCAAACUUUGAAAUGUCAGCUAUGAACACAGGUCCGAAAGGGGUAAUAAAUGAUUGGAGGAAGUUUAAGCUGGAGAGUGAAGACCGUGAAACUACUACUUCAAAUAAAAGACAACUCCUUAGACAAGUGUCAUCACCAUAUCGAUCUCUCAGUAAGGACAAAGACACAAGAGAGAAAUUUAAUCGUAAGAUGAGCGUGCAGGAAUAUGAGAUGAUCCAGGGCAAAGAAGAUGAGACCUGUCUUCGUAAGUACCGUCAGCAGUGUAUGCAGGAGAUGCACCAACAGCUGAGCUUCGGGCCUCAUUUUGGAAUGGUCUAUGAUCUAGAGAACAGUGAGCAGUUUUUGGAAGUGAUUGAAAAAGAAUUGAAGAAAACAACCGUGAUGGUGAACAUUUAUGAAGAUGGAGUGAAGGGCUGUGAUUCUAUGAUUAACUCCCUAACAUGCCUCGCUUUGGAAUACCCUUUGGUCAAGUUCUGUAAAAUAAAGGCCUCCAACACUGGGGCUAGUGACCGUUUCUCUGACCAUAUCCUUCCAGUGUUACUAGUGUACAAGGCAGGCGAGCUGAUUGGCAACUUCAUACAACUCACCAAGCAGCUGGGUGAAGAAUUCUUUGCAGUGGAUGUUGAAUCCUUUCUAACUGAAUAUGGGCUUUUGCCAGAGAGGGAAUUCACUGCAUGCAAAAAUGGCAGUGAUCAUAGUGAUGUUGAUAUUGAGUAAAUCCCUGUACAGUGAAGUCCAAUCAGGUUAGAUUCCUGUUUCAUAGAGGAAAAAUUAAUCUUAAACACAUGCUGAUCUCAACUGAUGGUAUUCUGGAGUUUCAAUGAAGACAAUAAAACAACCAUCUUCAUGCUAAAAGUGGUAGUAACAGCUCCGAUACUGGAGUCUGAAAUAACACCGUGUGGAGCUAGAGGAACACAGUGGGCCAAGCAGCAUCAAAGGAGCAGGAAAGCUGAUGUUUC